UGAUAAGUCAGUACAUUUACAAAACUUUAGCUGAAUACAACGAACAACAAAGAACAUUUCUCUCCAAAAACCCAUUUGGUUUCAAAGCACUUCAAAAAGUCUUCUUCCGGAAUGGAUCCACCCGAAUAUACUCUGUCCCCAGACGAUCUUGCAGAGAUUCGCGAAGCAUUCGCGCUUUGUGACCCCCAAAAGACUGGAAGAAUCAGCCCGGAAGAUUUAGGAACUGUGAUGCGUGCCCUCAACCAAAACCACACAGAGUCUGAAAUCUACAGAUAUUCCGAAGGACUCGAGGGUGAUUUUUUUGGUUACAUAACACUUGAAGAUUUUAUCGAACUAAUGACCAAAAUGUAUAAAAUAAUGGAACAUGUUGAUUUUUUGAAGGCGGCAUUCAAUGCUUUCGAUUACGAUAAGGAUGGUUAUAUAACACAAACCGAGCUGCGCAACGUGUUUACCAAUCUCGGCCAAAAAUUGAGUGACGAAGAGUUUGAUAAUAUGUUCCAACAGGUUGAUGUUGAUGGAGAUGGCGUCAUCACCUGGAAGGAUUUUUAUACCGCCUACAAAUCCUAAUCCAUAGCUUAAUUUUCGUAUGCUUGAUCCGGGGCAUUUCUUCUAAGUGAAACUUAAAUACAGUUUUUCAAUGAAUAAAAUAUUAAAGUU